AUGAUUUUAUCCUGGCUUUCUUUGACCUCGUUCAGCAAGGCUUUUAGUCGCUCCUCGAACUCCCCGCGGUAUUUCGCCCCGGCGACGAGGGCGCCCAUAUCCAAUGCAAAGAUACGGAUGUUGGCGAGGAUGUCGGGGACCUCACCUCGCACGAUCUGCUGGGCAAUCCCUUCCACAAUGGCAGUCUUCCCAACCCCAGGCUCACCGAUAAGCACUGGGUUGUUUUUGGUUCGCCGUGAAAGCACGCGGAUUGUGCGAAGGAUCUCAUCCGCACGGCCGAUGACCGGGUCCAGCUUCCCCUCCUCCGCCUGUUUACACAUAUCAUAG